GCAUCGGGUGGAGAACUGCUAGUUAGUUUGUGCUAGAUUUUAUUGUUAAGGUUGUGUGGAUUAGCACUGCGGAACCCAAUUCUUUUUCAUAAUAUCAACAAAUAUAGCAUUAAGAUGAGUUAAUGCUGCACGGAUUGUUCUGAGUCCCCUGGAAAGACGGCCGGUGUUUCCAGUGGCUGAGCAGCAGAAGAAUUAUCGCAAAGUCACACGGGACGAUGGGUGAAGGCGGGAGAGAAACGAUGAUACUGCACCGAAAUUGAUCCUCACCUGCGUCCAAGGAAUACCCUCAUCUGCUUCCCCUCUCCGGGCUCCUCUGGUCAUGGCUAACUCAGUAGCCACGCUGGUGGUUCAAACUGAACUCUUGCCCCCUCAGUCCACCACCUCCCUCUCUCCUUUCCCAUCUCUUCUGGGCUCAGGGGAGGAUGGUGAGGAUGACGGGGACAGGGGGGAGCUGGUGGAAGAGGAAAAGGGGGUAGUGGAAGGCGGAGAGGAGGUCGUUCUGGAGAUGGUGACGUCGUCGGUGUCAGGCCCUGCUCAGCAGCACGAGCAGACAGACCAUCCCUUCCAGUGUCUGGACUGUGGCAAGAGCUUCCGCUGGUCGUCCAGGCUGACCCACCACCAGCGCAGCCACAACAACGAGAGGCCCUACCGCUGUAACCUCUGUCCCAAGGCCUUCAAGGGCUCCUCUGCUCUGCUCUAUCACCAACGGUCUCACUCAGGGGAGAAGCCUUACAAAUGUCAGGACUGUGGCAAAGCCUUCAAACGUUCCUCUCUGCUCCAGGUCCAUCAGAGUGUCCACACGGGUUUGCGUACCUUCCUGUGCCCCUACUGCCCCCUGACCUUCAAGUGGAGUUCUCACUACCAGUAUCACCUGCGCCAGCACACCGGAGAGUGCCCGUACCCCUGCGACAGCUGUCCCAAGGCCUUCAAGAACUCAAGCAGUCUGCGGCGACACAAGAAUGUCCAUCUUGGUCUCAAACCUUACACCUGCUCAGUGUGUAACAAGUCUUUCACCCAGUCUACCAACCUGAGACAGCACAUGAGGAUACAUACAGGAGAGAGGCCCUACAUCUGCAGUGAGUGUGGACGCAGCUUCACACACUCAUCAAACCUGGCCCUGCACAAGAACUCCCAUUCCAACAUCAGUGCAGGAGCAAAGGAGGGAAAGACAAGAGAGGAACCGGGGAAGGAAAAUCAAGUAGUGGAAGUGGUGGUGGGGACAGAGGAAGUGACAUCGUCCAUGUUGACAGAUAUGGUAGGAUAUGUGAGCCAGGAGGGCACAGUCAGGGUGGGAGUAGGAGUGGAGGAAGUGUUCCUGUCCACCACACCAUCCACCCAGAAUCAGAGCCUUCUGCCUCAGCUCACCCUCACCCCUUCUGGGGAAGAUGAGUGUGCAUCUAGGGCCAUUGGGACAGAGGUUCACCUGAGCACUCACACAGGAGCCAGUGUGUUGCUGUACAGCUGUGGCAGCUGCAACCAGACCUUUGGCACACGGACUGAGCUGGAAGAGCACCAGGCCAUCCACAUGGCUCCAGAGGAACAUGGGACUAGUGGAGAGGCUGGGCCUGGGACAGAGGCAGGGAUGGAGGUUGGGGUGGGGCUGGUUGGAGCGGGUCAUCUACUGGCUGACUUUGAGGAGGUUGUGGAGACCACCACAGUGGCUGAAAAUGGACACACAGCUGAAGUACUACUUGGAUUGACAGAAGGAGCAGAUGGAGAUAAUGCUAAUGUGGGCACCACCCAUGCCCAGUUUGACCUGCUGCACAGCUUCACAGAGGUGACUCAGAGCUCGGAGACUGUUCAGCCAGAGGCCAGAACCACAGGGGCAGGGCUGCAGUGUGGCUACUGCAAUAAGACCUUCAAGACCAGCGGAGGCCUCAACAGACAUGUCUCACUGAUGCACUCUCUGUCAUCGCAGUCUCGUUCCCAGUUCAGCUGCUCUGCAUGCGACCGCUCCUUCCCCCUUCUCUCCUCGCUGCUCACCCACCAGCACUCUCACACCCCUGAGCAGCGUCUCCUGGCUGAGGCAGAGGCUGAGAUUGUGUGCCCCCCUUCCCUGUCUCUGUCUCUUCCCCUGCCGUCCUCCCCUAGCCAGGCUGACAAGCAGCAGGAGGGCCAGAGAGAGAUUCACGUCGAUAUCAUUGCCAUCAGUGAGGAACAAGAGGAACAGCCAGCCAAACCAGCCAAGGCACCGAAAAAGGCUGGGGCCAGCAAGACCACUCCUGCUGGAGAGAGGCCAUACCGCUGCUCAGAGUGUGGAAAAGCCUUCAAGGGCUCGUCAGGGUUGAAAUACCACAUGAGGGACCACACUGGGGAAAGACCAUACCGUUGUACUGAGUGCGGCAAGAGCUUCAAGAGGUCCUCACUGCUGUCCAUCCAUCAGAGGGUACACACAGGUGUUCGGGCAUUCCAGUGCCCUCACUGCCCACUCACUUUCAAAUGGAGUUCCCACUACCAGUACCACUUGCGACAGCACACAGGUGAGAGGCCGUAUGUGUGCAAGGAGUGUGGCAAGUCUUUCAAGAACACCAGCUGCCUGCGAAGGCACAGUCAGAUGCACUCCGGACUACGGCCUCAUGUAUGCUCUGUUUGCUCCAAGUCUUUUUCCCAGACCUCAAACCUCAAACAGCAUGAACGCACCCAUUCUGGUGAGAGACCCUUCCAGUGUACCCACUGCAAUAAAAGCUUUACACACUCCUCCAACCUCCAACUGCACCUUCGAACACACUCCUCACGCAAGGACUUCAAGUGCCCCUACUGCUUUAAAGAGUUCGUCAUGCACUCCUACCUGCAGAGACACAUCCGAACCCAUGGCAGUGGGGCUACUCUGCUGGGUCCUGGUAGCGGGGUUAAGGACGGCGUGGCUGUGAAAGCCAGCGUUGGCGGAGUAACGACCACUACAACCCUGCUCAACCCUAUCACCCUGGAGGCUUCAGGAAACAAUGGCAGCCUGAUUGUGUCCCAGCCAGCAUUGGAUAUCCCUCCCAACACAUCCCAGAACUACUUCAUGAUCCAGACGGCCAAUGGCUUGCAGCUCAUCCCACUGUCGGCUCCUACACCUGCUCCUCCACCUCCUCCUCCACCACCACCUCCCCCUCAGCCCCAGAACUUCCUUCUUCUGCAGUGCCCCUCCACUAAUGGCAGCCAGCCGAGUUUGAUUCUUGUCCCAACAGCAAGCAACCCCCCACCAGCCCAAGAGGCUCAGACUGUCCCGUUGCUUCAGACUAUCCCAGGACUCCAGCCUGUUCUGAACCCUGCCCAAGCCCAGAUCCCCCACUUCCCAGCUGUAACCCAGCAACAACAGCAGACUAGGAUCAUUAUCACCAACAACCAAAACAAUGCAAACACUCCUGUUGCCAUGCCAACACAAAUUCUCUCAGCCAACUCCCUGCUGACCAAACCCAUACUGGGCAAAAGCACACGGACAGCAAGGGGCAGACGGGGACGCAAACCCAAAGCUGCCCUUCAGAAAUCUACAGCAGCUCCUGUCAGCCAGACUGGAGCUGUGACAGUGACAAACUGUAAUGUGACAAGUGUCACAUCACCUGCUGCUAAGACAACCACAGAAUCACUAUCACCAUCAUCUAUAACCACAGCGACCCCCUGUCCACUGUCAUCAUCCUGCACUACUGUGCCAACGCUUUCAUCCUCCACCACUUUAACCCCCACAACAAAUACCUCAGGACCCCCAUCAGCUGUUACCACAGUUACACAAACUACUACAGUCACUCCAGCAUCAGUUCCCACUUCUGUCUCUUCAGCUCUGGAGGACAAACCCCAAACCACCUUGGAGGAAGUGAGUACAGGGGAGACCAUGACAGGGAAACGGUUUGUGUUAUGUUUUGAUAAUGAAGGAGGGAGGAAGGCAGGAAUGAAUAUUGAGGAAGGUGGCGAGUCGUACGUGUUGCAGUUUGAGGGAGAUGCAUCAGAGGAGGCAGCGGAUGGGGGAAUGAGUGGAGAGGGAAAGUCGUUUGUGCUGCAGUUUAAGGCAAAUGGACAGAGUGAGGGAGCAAAGGGGGAGGAUAAGGGAGAAGGGGUGGUAUCACUUCUGCAGGAGUGGGGAGGAGAAAAGCAAGGAGAGAGACAGACUGGAGAGGAGGGUGAGCAGGGAGAGUCGUUUGUCCUUCAGUUUCACACCGAGGCGCAGGAAAGAGGCAUGCCCGGUGACUACAGCCAAGGCAGGGACAACAGCCUGGAACUCUCCUGCACACCUGCUCAGGAUUUGGUGCCUCUUGAUGGGCAGGAGGUGGUGUUUGAACUGGGGGGUGAGACCAAGAUUGAGCAGGAAACCGGGGAGGGUAUGCAGAUGAUAGCCCUGAUUGAGGGUGAGGGAGAAACAAAAGAAGGGGCAGGUUGCAAUGCUACAAGUGGAGCUGUCAGUGAAGGUGGGGGAGCCAUGGAGGGCAUCUUUCAAUUGGAGGGAGGAGAGGGAAUUGUCAUUAUUGAGGUCAGCACUAGUAGCCUAAGAGAAGGAGGAAUGGACAGACAAGGGGACGGGGAGAUGUCAGAGAUGAGUGAGGUGAAAGACGGGGGUGUUACAGCAGAGGAUAAGGAGACAUCUGAGAAGGAACACAGCUUUACAGUCAACACUGAAGGACAGACGACAUCGACCGAGGACACACUAAGAAAUGGACCUAUACCUAACUCUCAAGAAAUGCACUUCUCAAAUUGAUUGAACUGAGAGCGUGCGUGAGAAGGUGUGUGUGUGUGUGUGUGCGCGCGUGUGUGUGUGUGUGUGAGUGUGAGUGGGUGGGUGGGUGUCGGGGAGAGGAGUGUAUUAGCACUUUCAUCUGUUUGAGGUUUCCUUGGAGCAGAGAGAGGACAUGCAGAUUGGCGACUGUGUUGUAAUGCCAUGGUGCCACAAACUACACUAGAAAUGUUAAACAUUCAAAUAGGCUGUUUAUGGACCUUACUUAAAUUCCUUAAUAAUAUAUUAGUUAAAAUGAUACUGUCAUUGGCAGUUUGUUAAAGUAAUUUUUUUGUGAAUAAAUGUUGUAUAUGGCUCAACUUUCACCAGAAAUGAUAUUAGUAAAUAGUAAUUAUUAAUAAAGCUGUUGAUACCUUGAA